AGACGUCCCAUGUCCCACCGCAAGUUCUCGGCUCCCAGGCACGGCCACCUGGGCUUCCUGCCCCACAAACGGAGCCGCCGGCACCGAGGGAAGGUGAAGGCCUGGCCCAAGGAUGACCCCAGCAAACCAGUCCACCUGACAGCUUUCCUGGGCUACAAGGCUGGCAUGACCCACACUGUGAGGGAGGUGCACCGGCCCGGGCUCAAGGUCUCCAAGAGGGAGGAGGUGGAGGCUGUGACCAUCAUCGAGACCCCCCCGAUGGUGGUGGUGGGGGUCGUGGGCUACAUCGAGACACCCAAGGGCUUGAGGAAUUUCAAGACUGUUUUUGCUGAGCACAUCAGCGACGAGUGCCGCCGGCGCUUCUACAAGAACUGGCACAAGAGCAAGAAGAAGGCGUUCACCAAGUACUGCAAAAAAUGGCAGGAUGAGGCUGGGAAAAAGCAGCUGGAGAAGGAUUUUGCAGCCAUGAAGAAGUACUGCAAAGUCAUCCGUGUCAUUAUGCACACACAGAUGAGGCUGCUCCCACUGAGGCAGAAGAAGGCCCACAUCAUGGAGAUCCAGCUGAACGGGGGCACAGUGGCUGAGAAGGUGGACUGGGUGCGGGAGAGGCUGGAGAGGCAGAUCUCAGUGCACAGUGUGUUCAGCCAGAACGAGAUGAUCGAUGUCAUCGGCGUCACCAAGGGCCACGGCAUGAAAGGGGUGACCAGCCGCUGGCACACCAAGAAGCUGCCCAGGAAGACCCACAAGGGGCUGCGGAAGGUGGCGUGCAUCGGGGCCUGGCACCCGGCCCGCGUGGGCUACUCCAUCGCCCGCGCCGGCCAGAAGGGCUACCACCACCGCACCGAGAUCAACAAGAAGAUUUACCGCAUUGGCCACGGGAUCCACGUGGAGGAUGGCAAAGUGGUGAGGAACAACGCCUCGACGCACUACGAUAUCACCGAGAAAACCAUCACCCCGAUGGGAGGUUUCCCUCACUAUGGUGAAGUCAACAACGAUUUCCUGAUGCUGAAGGGCUGCGUGGUGGGCACCAGGAAGCGCGUGCUCACCCUCCGCAAGUCCCUCCUGGUGCACACCAGCCGCCGGGCCCAUGAAGCCAUCGAGCUCAAAUUCAUUGACACCACUUCCAAAUUCGGCCACGGCCGCUUCCAGACAGCUCAGGAAAAGAGAGCUUUCAUGGGCCCCCAGAAGAAACAUUUGGUGAAGGAGAAGCCAGGUGUGCAGGAAGAGCUCUAAGGAUGGAGAUCCAAGGUGCUUGAGUGGGCACUUGCAAUAAAAGGGCUCCAAGCCAUUCCUGCUCCCUCUCUGCUUCUGUUUUUGGGCUCCUUGGCAGGUGGGGAUGGCAAAAAUGGCAUUUGGGACUGGCCCACAUGGGCAGGGACUAACUGGGACAGCCAAGUGCCUGCUCUGUCCUUUGGACUCUCCUUUUCCUUUGCCCAGUGAGUUUUUCCCACUCACCCAAAUCACCACAACUCCUCUGACCCAGCAGAGAGCAGAGCACCAGCACUUCUGCCCCAGUUUCCACUGGGAAUCCAGAGCCUGCCCAUGACCUGCCUCUCCUGCCUGUGCCUCUCCCACACAUCCAGCACUGCUUUUGCCAAGCUGAAGGUGCAACCCAGGGGC